GUCUUCAAGGCGAAAGUAAAGGCGUACCUGUCGGAGCACCGACAGCGGAUGUUCGAACGGGGUUCGCAUCGAAGCAUGACGGAGGCAAGGAUGCGCUUACUUGAGGACGCUGCCAACUCCUCGAUCGGCUGCAUGAAUCGACACUUAGUGGUCUCAAUGGGGCUGCACUGCCAGCGCGCCGUCGCGGACGCGUUGAAGAUGGAGGACAUGCACGCCGAUUGA